AUGACGUCUAAAAGUAUCAACAACGGAGUAGAUAGCCCGGAGAAGUUGGCGGAACUCAAUAAAAAAAUAUUAGAGAUCAAGAAAAAAAUUCAAUUGUCAGAGGGACAGAGGAAAGCUCUUUUCGAAGACUGCGAAGCCGAACGAAAAUCUAACAUUAAUGAGAUAAUCAAACUAAAAAAAGAACUUUCGGAACUUGUAGUGACUCUUCACGAAUGCAAAAGUUCGCAGACGAAAUUCCGAUUGAAAAACAAAACUCUCGAAGGAGUUCCCGGUUCUUUAAUGGAUAAAUCUCCAGAGCAUGUGAUGGAACUCAUUGAUACCAACAUUAUUGAUGAAACUAAAAAAUUAGAUUUAUUGCGAUACCGUUCGAAACAGAGAAGGAAGUAUUUAACAGAACUGGCAUCUAAGUAUCAAAAACUACUUAGUAAACACGAUAAAAAAGAAAUGAAUAAAAAGGUGGAACAGCCGAUUAGAAAGGCUACUACGAAAUUACAAAACGACAUACACGCCGUCGAUGUCCAAAUCAGAGAAGCUAUGCACGUGAAAAAUAGAUAUAUGGAUAUCUUUAAAUCUUUAAAGUCCGAUUCAGACAACUUCGAAGGAAACAUUAAAAAUUUGGAAGAAGCUUUGAAUUUGCAAAGAGUCGAUAUCGAAAAACUUCAAAAAGUUAUGGACGAAGCAAGCCGGAUGCGUUCUCAUGCUCGCAGUAUCCUUUUGAAAGAAGAGAAAUCCGUUAAUGAAGCUGCUCUGAAAAGAGAAAAAGAAGCUGCAGAAGGUCGACGUCUUGUUAACGAACGUCGAUUAGAGCUUGAAAGACUAGAAAAGAAAAUUUUCCAAGGUGGAAAAUUACCUAUAAGACCCGAACCCGAAGGCGCAGAAGACGCGCAAGAUGAAGAAAAAUUUCCACCGCUACCACCACAUCCCGUAGAAGUCAUGACACAAUCUUUCGAUAUUUUGAAAAAAGCCACAGGUGGUACAAGUACAGAAGAAGUUUUGGAACGGUUCAAAUCUCAAAAAGAAACCGAUGAAAAGCUGCUACUUUUACGAGGUAAAGCAGAAGAAGAAAAAAGGAUAUUGGAAAAGAAAAUGGAAUCCAUGAACAUCAAAUUGGAAUCUUUCAAAUACGCAGAAGCAAAAGACGCAGAACGGAAAACUGGAGAAAUGGACCUGAUCCAAAAACAAAUAGAAGAGAAUAAAAAGAAAUCUGAGCGGUAUGUAGAAUUGCAGUUAAAAAAAGAAGAGGCAAUUGAAAAUUUAUCGAAAGAAUUACAAAAUCUUUAUCUGUGUAUUAAUCCUUUAGCGGAAUUAGAUACCGAUCCCCUAGUUACUUUGGAAAAAAUUAAAAACGACAUUAAAGGAAUUUUUGAUAAAAUCGGAAUCGAAACAGAAGAUACCAAUUCGGAAAAGGAAGGUAUCGUUGUUAUUGACCCAAAUGACGAAAAGUGGUUACCUGCCCCUUACGCAGGCUUGGUCAGAAGAACCCCACUUCCCCAAACUGGAGCUUCCCCAGCACCACCUGCGCCACCGGGAUCCGAAGAUGAAGAAGAAGUGCCUUCAAGAGGUUAUUUGAAAAGACAAGCUCAGCUUGUUGUUGAUGCUAAAUCCAGAAGAAAGAAUGUUAGAUUGCAAGCGCAACGAAGAAAUUAA